GGCCACAAAUGCGACUGACCGGCUGGCCUGCUUUGUUGGCCGUCACCCCGGCUCCGGGCGUCGGGUGGUGCGCAGUUUCAUGGACUGUGUGCACACGGUCACAGGGGUUUGCACUGUGCAGAUAGACGGCCGGCUGCAGGGUGCUGCAGCGCUCAAUACUGGUGGCAUUGCUGGGUGCGAAGCAGUGAAUUCAGAGACACGGGCUGUGUCCGAUGCUAAACGUGCAAGUGGAAGUUUGAGUGCUUGUGUGACGUGAUCCAUCGCACCACGGCGCAUCGUUAGUGACCGGCACCGGUGUCGCAGCACCAGCGGUCAGCCACUAACCGUCCCCGACGGUGUUGCGGUCAGUCACCAUGCUGUGGGCGCUGCUGGUGCUGGCGGUGAGCUGGCUGGUGCCGGAUGUUGUCCAGGGUCGCUACCAGCCCACCUGGGCGUCUCUGGACACCCGGCCACUCCCACAGUGGUACGAUGAGGCCAAGUUCGGCAUCUUCCUCCACUGGGGCGUCUACUCGGUGCCCAGCUUCGGUGACGCCUGGUUCUGGAAACAGUGGCAUGACGGCGAUCCGGCGCACGUGAACUUCAUGAAGAGGAACUUCCGGCCCGGGUUCACGUACGCCGACUUCGCGCCGAAGUUUACGGCUGAGUUCUUCGACCCUGCGCAGUGGGCGAAGCUAUUCAAGGCGGCGGGAGCAAAGUACGUCGUGCUCACCACCAAGCAUCACGAAGGCUUCACGCUGUGGCCAAGCAAGUACGCCUGGAACUGGAACGCCAAGGACGUCGGCCCGAGACGUGAUCUUGUCCAGGACCUGGCCGAUGCCGUCCGUAACAACACUGACAUCCACUUCGGCGUCUACCACUCGCUGUUCGAAUUCUUCAAUCCGUUCUGGCUGUCGGACCAGGCGAGCAACUUCACGCAGGUGACGUUUCCGGCUGCCAAGACGAUCCCUGAGCUGUACGAACUGGUGAGACGCUACAGACCAGACGUAAUCUGGUCGGACGGCAGCAUCGAGGCAACCAACUCGGACUACUGGGGCAGCAAGGAGUUCAUUGCCUGGCUAUACAACGACUCACCCAUCAAGGACCGCGUGGUCGUCAACGAUCGCUGGGGCAAGGAUGCCGGCUGCGCGCACGGUGACUUCAUCACCUGCCGGGACCAUUACAACCCGGGCGUGCUGCAGAAGCGCAAGUGGGAGAACUGUCUGACGGUGGACCGCGGCUCGUGGGGGUUCCGGCGCGAUGUGUCGCUCUCUGACAUCCGCUCCACGGAGGAGCUGACCGCCGAGCUGGUGGAAACGGUCAGCUGCGGCGGCAACCUGCUGCUCAACGUCGGGCCCACGCACGACGGACGCAUCGUGCCCAUCUUCGAGGAGCGGCUCCGGCAGAUGGGCGAGUGGCUCGGCAUCAACGGCGAGGCCAUCUACAGCUCCCGACCGUGGGUGCACCAGAACGACUCCAGCACGCCAGGAGUGUGGUACACACAGCGAGACAGCUACGUCUACGUCCUGCUCCUCAAGUGGCCCACCGACAGGAGCCUGAAGCUGGGGAGUCUGAGGCUGAAGCCGUCCGUUGGGAAACUCACUCUGCUCGGAGGCAGCAAAAAUAAUCUGAAGUGGAUCCAGAAGCCCGGGGAGAAGCUGCUGAUUCGACUGCCUCCCCUGGAACAGGUGACAUCUCGGUGGGCCUGGGUUAUCCGAGCGGAGAACGCCGUCGCUUCCAAGGGAAGGCGACACUAUCUUGCCCCCAUCAUCGGUCCGAAAGGCAGACGAGGUCACAAGAAGGUCAGCCAAGGGACGAGAAAGAUGAAGCUGCCUCCCAGAGAACGUCUCACUCUGAAAAUUAAUGCUGUGUUCGGAAAGGUUCCGAGGGAGGAAGCUGCUUAUUGGAUGAAUUCCAUCGAUACCGAAGGUCUGCGUCCCUAGAAGAAGGGGCUUUGUACCGUGUGGUUUAAUGUGUUGAGCCGCAUGAACUUUAACUCAUUACCUAUCAAUUUGGCUAUGCGUUAUAUCGAAUACGUUAUCCAUUGCGUCUUGCGCGCACGAAACGGUCCGUUUGAAAAGUGUCUAUGAAAUGUCCUAUGAACGUCAUCAGAUUGACUCACAGUGAAAUAUAUUUCCACUUCACAAA